CGGGGCAGCGGAGGGGCGCGCCUGGCCGCACGACCUCGGGCCCCCAGCCUCGCUGAAAAGUGUGAAUCUAACAGCUAAAGAAAGCCUGAAAAGAAGGGCGUCUCUUUCCCCUUUCGAUUCUCACCCCCACCCCUGACUAACGACGGCGACAUAUCCGGUCGGCCGUAGCCCACGGAGAACGGGCUUCCGGAGCCGCAGACGCGGAGCUGCGCGCGACAGCCGAGCGAGGCCGCCGAGGACUUGUCCCCUGGCUGCAGCGCCCGCGCCACGUCACCAUGGCAUCUGGACCCACCAUGACAGCACCCAUUUGUCUAGUGGAAAACCAGAAAGAGCAGCUGACUGUGAACCAGAAAGCAUUACAGAUUCUUGAAAAGAUAUCUCAGCCUGUCGUGGUGGUGGCCAUUGCAGGGCUGUAUCGGACAGGAAAGUCCUACCUGAUGAACCGUCUGGCGGGACAGAACCAUGGCUUCCAGCUGGGCUCUACAGUGAGGUGCGAAACCAGGGGCAUCUGGAUGUGGUGUGUAUCCCACCCCAUGAAGCCGAACCACACCCUAGUUCUUCUGGAUACAGAAGGUCUCGGUGAUAUGGAGAAGGGUGAUCCUAAGAAUGACUCGUGGAUCUUUGCUCUAACUGUGCUUCUGAGCAGCAUCUUGAUCUACAACAGCAUGGGCACCAUCAACCACCUGGCCCUUGAGCAAUUGCACUUUAUUACUGAACUCGCUGAAUUAAUCAGGAUAAAGUCCUCCUCAAGUUCUGAUGGCACUCUGGAAGACUCUGUAGAGUUUGUGAGUUUCUUUCCAGACUUCAUUUGGACUCUAAGGGAUUUCAUGCUGGAGAUGAAAAUAAAUGACUCCCCUAUUACUGAAGAUGAGUACCUAGAGGAUGCCUUGAAGCUGAUUCCAGGCACGAAUCAACAAAUCCACAACUCCAACAUGCCUAGAGAGUGUAUCAGGCUGUUCUUUCCAAAACGGAAGUGUUUUGUCUUUGACCGGCCAACAAAUGACAAAUACAUGUUAUUCCAUAUUGAUAAUGUGCCAGAAGAGCAUCUGGAUAGUAAUUUCCGGAUGCAAUCAAAAAAUUUUUGUUCCUAUAUCUUUGCCCAUGGAAGGCCCAAGACUCUGAGAGAGGGAAUCAUUGUCACCGGGAACCGACUGGGGACUCUGGUGGUGACCUACGUGAAUGCCAUCAGGAGGGGAAUGGUUCCUUGUUUGGAGAAUGCAGUGAUAACUUUGGCCCAGAGUGAGAACUCAGCGGCUGUGCAGAAGGCAGCCAACCACUACAGUGAGCAGAUGGCCCAGCGAGUGAGCCUCCCCACAGAUACGCUCCAGGAGCUGCUGGACGUGCACACGGCCUGUGAGCAGGAAGCUGUUGCAAUCUUCAUGGAGCAUUCUUUCAAAGAUGACAAACGGGAGUUCCAGCAGAAACUCAUGGAAGCCAUAGAGAAAAAGAAGGAAGAAUUCUUGCUUCAGAAUGAAGAGGCAUCUGUGAAAUACUGCCAGGCUAUACUUGAUAAGCUUUCAAAGGCUCUAAUGGAAAAUAUUUCAGCAGGAAUUUAUUCUGUUCCUGGAGGGCAUGAGCUGUACAAGGAAGCAAAGAACAAGGUCGAAUGGAACUAUAAUCUCGUGCUCAGGAAAGGAGUUAAGGCAAAUGACAUCCUUCAGCACUUCCAACAGUCUCAGAUGGCAAUAGAAGAAUCCAUCCUGCAGGGAGACAUAGCCCUCACGAGUGGGCAGAAGGCCCUGGCAGCUGAGCAGUUGAAGAAGGAGGCUGCUGAGAAGGAACAGCAGAUGCUAAGACAGAAACAGCAGGAGCAGCUUCAAAAAUUGGAGGUUCAAGAGAAAAGCUUCAAGGAACAUAUGGUGCAGCUGAGAGAGAAGAUGAAGAGAGAAAGAGAAGACCUUCUGAGGGAGCAGGAAAGGAUUCUGGAGCACAAGCUGAAGGUCCAACAGGAACUGCUUAAUGAAGGAUUUAAGAAGAAAUCUGAGAAGAUGUGUACAGAGAUACAGCAACUGAGAAAAGAGAUUACAGCAAAUAAAAAAUACUCAUUUGGUUCAAGGAUUUUUGAUACAAUUGGCAGUUUCUUAAGUGUAGAUGUGCCAAGUCCUGCUGAGCAGGACAAGAAGGAAGCAGAUUUGAAGAAACUGGAGCUGCUAACACAGAUACAGACAGAGCUGCAGCAAAAAAUGGAAGUUCAGGAGAGACACUUCAAGGAAAACUUAGCUCAACUGAAAAAGGAGAUGGAAAAAGAAAGAGAAAACUGUCUGAGAAAGCAGGAAAGGAUUCUGGAGCACAAGCUGAAGGUCCAACAGGAACUGCUUAAUGAAGGAUUUAAGAAGAAAUCUGAGAAGAUGUGUACAGAGAUACAGCAACUGAGAAAAGAGAUUACAGCAAAUAAAAAAUACUCAUUUGGUUCAAGGAUUUUUGAUACAAUUGGCAGUUUCUUAAGUGUAGAUGUGCCAAGUCCUGCUGAGCAGGCCAAGAAAGAGCUAACUGAGAAAGGAUGGGAGCUACAAAGACAGAUGCAAAAAGAGCUGCAGAAAAUCAAGGAAGUUGAAGAGAGACACUUCCAAGAGAACUUAGCUCAACUGAAAGAUGAGAUGGAGAGAGAAAGAGAAGAACUUCUGAGGGAGCAGGAAAGGAUGCUGGAGCAGAAGCUGAAGACACUUGAAAUUUCCAGUGUCCAGAGAAAGGAGGCUCAGAUUCCCCAAAGAUGUCAUUGUGAGUGAUGAUUUAUAUCAGCUAAAGAAUGUACCAAACAGAUUGCUGACUUCAAACUGCUUAAGUUCUGCAUUUCCAGCAACACCAUAUGGAUCAGAUUAUUACGUCUUGUGUUUUUUCUUAUAUUUUAUAUUGUUUAAAUGGGACUCUUUCUAUCUGAUAAUGUCCACUGAAGCCCCCAAACUGAGAAUAUUAAGUACCAAAUAACAACUAAUUCCAAAGGUUAUAUACUGUCAUCCAAGUAUAUGAUAUUAUGGAAGGGCAAAAGUAUAGAGAGAAAAAAACAUAAGUGAUUGCCAGGGAUUCAGAGAAAGAAAGGGAUGCAUAAGUGGAGCACAGAGGAACUUUAGGGAAGUGUGACUAUUCUAUAUGACAUUUUAAUGACAAUAUAUAGUCAUGAAAUCCCAUAGAAUAUACAAAAAUAACUUUUAAUAUCAUAAUCACUAAUAGUGACUCAUUCAUAAAUAUAUCAAACUAAAAUAAGAUUUUAACAGUUGGGGAAACUCAGUAAAUGGUAUGCUUAGAAGAUAUAGAAAUUACUUAUUUUUCUGAAGCCAAAUAAACCUAAAACAAUAAAAUCUGUAAAAAAAAA